GUCCUAACCUCAUUCUUUAACCUUAAUAAACACACGCUUGUUUACCUUGUGGUCGUAUAGCUGUGUUAGCUUACAACCGUUUGUUACUUGCAAAAGGAAACAGUAAAACCGCAACAUGUAUCUUAUGUAUUAUCUGGACGCAGCCGGCAACAGAGUAUAUACUCUUAAGAAAACCGAUCCAUCAGGGAAACCAACGAAAUCAGCACAUCCCGCCAGGUUUUCACCAGAAGACAAAUACUCCAAGGAAAGGAUUAUUAUUAAAACACGAUUCAACAUUUUGAAAACACAAGAACCUGAACCUGUUUAUUAAUAUAGAUUAGUACAAUGUAAUUUUAAGGUAUGAUUAAGAAUAAAUUGUUUAUAGUAUAUAAAA